AUGGUACCUCCGAAAAAUCCUAAAGCGGCACCCAAAGCUAGAGUUGGUCUCAACCCUCGUUCGAGAUCAGGUUGCGUAACCUGCAAGGCCAAACAUCUGAAAUGUGACGAAACAAGACCUGCUUGUCAACAGUGUUCUCGAAAAGGGAUCAACUGUGGGGGAUAUGCACAAGGUUUGAGGUGGUCAUUCAAACACCAGCCUGCUCUUCAGAACCUAUCCUUCGAAGAUUACAAUCCAACCUCAAGUUCACCGAGGAGAUCGGAGGCAUCGGUAACAGAGAAUCGGAAUCACACCAAGGGGAAAGGACCCAGCACAUCUGACAAUCGUCGCCCAAGGCAUCGCAACUCUAUUUCAUCGUCUUCAUCAAGUGGGACGGCCUUCACGACCCGCAGCGAUGAAGAAUGCCAAGAGGAUACAGAGUCCCUUCUUUUGGGUCCUCUAGCCAGGGACUUCGACGUAACCAAGUUGCCGGCCAGGAGCUCGACGUCUCGACCGUCGAUAAACACGCUGAUAAAAUCACCACCAGCGUCGUUUACUGCAGUCGCCGAGACAUCUCGUCCUAAUUUACCGUUGACCAACAGCCUAGUCGACACUUCAUCUGCUUUUAUCAUCAACUGGUUUGAGCAGGUCUGCCCAGCAUGGUCUGGCUUCGACUCAAACACAAACAUGAACCGCAAGAUAGCCAUCGACCUAUGGAGAACGUCGACAACGGUUUGUAGCUCCCUUGAGAGCAUGUCGGCUGCCUUCUUAGCCUCUCGUUUGCCCAGUAUGCGACAGUCUGCUCUGCGCCUCAUGGGGCGAGCGACAGAUUUCAUCCAGGCGGAGCUAGAAGUCGUCAAGGCCCAGCCUGACCUGCACACCAUCCCCACAAGUCUCUUAUUCUCCCUAUUUUGUCUCGGUACCACUGUAUGCUGGGUUGAUGCACGGGGUUUUGGUCUGCCAUUCCUACGAGAGGCGAGAUCUUUGAUUCAACGCCUGAAUGCACAAUCUGUUAUGCUCAAUGUCGCUGGCCUGGACAUGUUGACGUUUUUCAACAAAAGUUUGACCUAUUGUGAGAUGCUUCUUGCCGUCGUUCGAGACGAUGAGCCACUCGAUCAUCAAGAAAACGAGGAUACAGCAUCCAACCAACUACAACUCAUCGAGGAACGAGCACCUCAUCCAUGGACGGGGGUUUCUACCGUGACAACCCGCCUCUUUGCCGAAUGCAUACGACUAUGUCGCAGUUUCCGCCAUCGUAUGAGACAAGGAAUGGACCCUCAACGAUAUUUCUCCUAUGCGUUGCAGGACCUCAUCGUGGCCCAACGUCUGGAGGAGCAGCUCUUGGAGCUGGAGUUCCCACCAGACAACCCGGACGUGGACACGGGAGACUUUGCGACGCCAGUCUCUCACCUCGCAAGAGUGGCUGAGGCUUACCGGCUUUCUUCACUGCUGCAUCUUUACCAGACCUUUCCAGAUCUGGUUUCGCUACGUUUGCCAACAGAAUCUCCCAUGACAGAUAGCGGCUCCGUACCUUGGGAUGAAUGGAUUAUUCCUCUCGCCCUUCGACUCGUCAAGGUCUUGGAGCAUAUUCCUACAACAUCUGGCACCCGUGUCAUUCAGCCGCUGCUAUAUAUUUCGGCUAGCACUGGGCUACGACAUGACAACUCUGCAUCAUCCGACAUGAUAAGUCUCUUCGGAACCUUGCAGCAAGAUCUUAUGGGUGGCACGGGGCCAAGCAUAAUCAGUCCGCCCCCACUCUUUGACUCCCAUAAUCUCUCCUUAUACAUUAGUCAAAUGGCGUCGGCUCCGGUACCAGAGGAACCAAUGAGCAACUUGUCGCUCGAGGUGAGCAGCGCUCGGCAUUUUGUAAUGAGGCGGUUGAGUAUCUUGGAAAGCAGCCUUCCCCCGGCCCCGGUCGUGGUGGCCAAGGACCUUGUGCAAUCUAUCUGGAGGGCUUAUGACAGCGAAGUUGGAACGCCGACAGUGCACUGGAUAGAUAUUAUGGAGGAUAACAAUUUGCGUUCGCUGUUUGGGUGA